AUGGACGUCGUGAAAGAGAAGGAACCAGGUUCUGGCGGACAUCGCAACCAAGGCUCCUCCUCAUUUGCUGCUAUCGGUGCUGCGCUUAUCCCGACAGCGAUAACAGCUGCCAUUUUCUUAUUGACAUUUCUGGCUGUGCGCUCGAGGUAUCGGAACAUCUAUGCACCAAGGACGUAUUUCCGGACUAUUAACCACAAGGAUCGCACUCCUUCAUCGAGUCACUCGUCGGUCUCCUGGUGGCAUGACUUCCGCGCUCUCGACGAUAAGUUUGUUUUACGCCACUCCUCGUUGGAAGCGUAUCUCUUCCUGCGGUUUCUGCGGUUGACUGUCGUCAUUUGCGUGGUGGGCUGCUGCUUGACUUGGCCAAUUCUCUUUGCCGUCAACGCCACAGGAGGUGGUGGUGCGACGCAGUUGGACAGGAUUUCCUUCAGCAACGUCGCUGAUGGGAGGCGGCUGUACGCGCAUGCCGUUGUCGCUUGGGUCUUCUUUGGAAUUAUUUUACUUCUCAUCACCAGAGAAAGGCUCUUUGUCAUAGGCCUUCGUCAAGCUUACCAGACAAUUCCUGUAAACGCAAGCAGGCUGUCUUCUCGAGUGGUUUUGUACUUGAGCGUACCCCCUGAGGCUCUUCAAGAUGAAAACCUUCGUCGAUACUUUGGUGAGAAUGCUGUGAGAUCUUGGGUUGUCUCAAACAUGAGCAACUUGGAAAAGCUGGUUUCGAAGAGGGACAAAAAGAUUGAUGAGCUGGAAGGGUUGGAACUGAAACUCUUGAAGAAUGCCAACCGUAGCAAAGAUGAUGCGCAAGGCGAUGACGAUGCAAGCUCUAACCAGCAACCAAAGCCGGCUAAUGGGGUGCAUCGACCGAAGCAUAAGUCGAAGUACCUUCUUGGAGAAGAGAUUGACAGCAUCUCCCGUUUGAGAGAAGACAUCACCGCUCUCAUUUCGGAUGUGGACAGAGUUCGACAGGCCGACUCCAGCGCCCCUGGUAAGAGAACCGGAGCAAUAUUUGUCGAAUUCAAGGACCAAGUCAGUGCGCAUCAAGCGUUUCAGCAAGUGCGACACCCGUCACCUUUGACAUUACAGCCAAAGUACAUCGGUAUCUUGCCGAAAGAGGUCAUCUGGCAAAACCUCAACCUCGAUCCAUCACUUCGCAUUACGUAUUCUUAUAUUGCUAUAGCGCUUGCUGUUGCAACGAUCAUCUUCUGGUCUAUACCAGUCGGUAUUAUUGGUACAAUCUCCAACAUCAAUUACCUGACGGACAAAUUCCGCUUCUUGCGAUUCAUCAAUAAUCUCCCGGAUCCUAUCCUCGGACUGCUCACAGGACUAGUGCCACCCCUGCUACUCAGCACCGUGGUGUCCUAUGUACCGUACCUCUUCCAAUAUGUGGCGACACUGUCUGGCCAACCAACGAGCAAAUCAGCAGUCGAGUGGGCUCAAACGUGGUAUUUCGCAUUCCAAGUGAUUCAAGUCUUCAUAAUCACGACGUUUUCGUCAGGGGCUGCCGCUUUGGCUACCAAGGUCGCCAACGAGCCAACGACCGUUCCAAAAUUGCUCGCAAAGAACCUCCCAAAGGCAUCGAACUUUUAUCUGACCUAUUUCAUCAUCCAAGGGCUCGGCACUGCGUCAAAGAAUGUUUUGAACUAUAGUGAUCUCCUCUCGUUCUUAUUCUUCUACUACGUCAUGAACAAGACUCCGAGACAGAAAUUCAACACCUAUUCGCAGAUGAAGGGAAUCAGCUGGUUCAAUGUCUAUCCCAAAUUCACAAACUUGGCGGUCAUUGCCAUCGCCUAUUCGUGUAUUGCACCGCUAGUGUUGGGAUUCGCCGCGAUUGGCUUGUUCCUAUUCUAUUUGGGCUACCGCUACAAUCUCCUUUACGUGAUUCAAGUCAAAACAGAGACACGAGGAGAAAGCUACACAAGGAGCCUGCAGCACCUGAUGACUGGUGUCUACCUGGCAGAACUGUGCUUGAUCGGUUUGUUUGGGAUCAAGAAGGUGGCUGGCCCCUCAACUCUUAUAACCGUAUUGUUAGUUGUCACGGCUAUCUACCACCUGACGGUCAACCAAUACCUUUCACCUCUGGAAAAGUACAUGCCAGUCGACAUAUUGUCGAACGAGGACCAGGAUGAGGAGAGGGCGCUCCUCAGAGAUAACCAGGCCGAUCAAUCAUUGGUCUACAAGCUCGGCUCAGGAAAAGUUCCGGCCAUCUUACUCGAUCCACUAGCCAGUCUACUCGAGCCUCGCAUUUUCGCUUCACAGGAGGCGCUUCGACCAUGGCUGCAGGACCCCGAGGGUGAAUCAGAAGAGCUAAACUCGUACAGCGACGAGCAGGUCCAAAAUGCAUAUCUUCUACCGGCGAUGACCUCGAAAACUCCGAAAGUCUGGCUUCCGAGAGAUAGGAAGGGGCUAUCGAAACGCGAGGUUGAUGAGAAUGAAAAGGCGGGGUUGCCUAGCACUGACGAAGGUGCUGAACUUGGCCCGAAGAAUGAGAUCCUGUGGAACCAGAAGGAUUUCACGACAGUGCCAAUCUUCAAGCAAGCCCCUCGAUACUGA